GAGACUGAGAACAUGGUAACAACAGACCCGUACGACGAUGGGGUUAUCACAUUAAACAAUAGAAGCAAAAGUGUACAUUUUUAAAUGGACAACGUUUUUCACAUGGAUAUCUCACAAUCACAGGUUUUUGAAGAGGUCUCAUCUCUUGUGCGCUCAGCUAUAGACGGCUACAAUGUAUGUAUCUUUGCUUAUGGACAGACGGGCUCAAGGAAAACAGACACAAUGGAGGGUUCUUCAUCUGACCCUGGCGUGAAUCAAAGAACUCUUCAAUUUUUGUAUGAGGAAACAAAAAACUCCAGCUGGCAAUAUAACAUUGAAGCCAGCAUGUUUGAGAUUUACAAUGAGACUAUAAGGGACUUGUUAAACCCUGACACACCAGCUGAUAAACUUGAGGUCAAGAUGAAGCCUGAGGGAGGGCUGUAUGUACCUGGUCUAGUCACUGUACCUGUCAGAUCUCUUGCUGAGAUCAAUAAGAUAGUUGAGACAGGUAGACAGAACAGAUCCACGGCUGCCACCAGUAUGAAUGAAAGGUCUUCCCGGUCCCACUGCUUGCUGUGUGUUAGUGUAGUUGGUGUCAAUCUUCUGACAGGAAGCAAGACUUUUGGGCGACUAAAUCUAGUAGACCUGGCAGGCUCUGAGAGGGUCAGCAAGUCACAUGCAGAUGGAGCAAGUCUUAAAUAAGCACAAAAUAUAAACAAGUCUCUCUCUUCUUUGGGUGAUGUCAUCAGUGCCCUAAAAAAUAAACAUAGUCAUAUCCCAUACAGGAACUCAAAACUAACAAACCUUCUACAGGAUUCACUUGGU